GUUGUUGCUCCAAGCCUGCUGCGGCCAUACCUGUCGGGGAGCAGCAACAGCAGCAGCGAGUUGAGGCAGCGGCUAACUCCUUGCAGCAGCAAAAGCGGCUGUUCACGAGUUACCUGCUGUGGCUGAAUCCUGUGUUUCCGGCGCAUCACUUGUACCUGGACCGACUGGCACAUGCGUUGAUUGCCUUUUGGACCCUGAACUUUUUGGGAGUUGGUUGGGUCGUAGACGGCUUUCUAAUGCGCUGCUACGUUCGUGGCUUUAACAGCCAGCGGUGCUCUCCAGAUGCCCCUUACGAUGGCAGCCGAAGGAAACUUCUGUGCCAUUUGCCUUUGUGUUUUGUGGGCAUGUUGAUGCUGGGGCUCACUACAAUAGUGUACAUCCCCACCAUUUUGCACCACUUCCAGGUGGUUGACAUUGACCGCAUUGCAGCGCAAACACAGGUCAACCCUUAUGAGCUUCUAGAGAUUUCGCAAUCAGCCUCCUUACAAGAGGCGAAAGCAGCUUACCGAAGUAAGAGUUUGCAGUGGCAUCCAGAUCGCAACCCAGGGUGUGGCAAAGAGUGCGACGACAAGAUGUCUGAGAUCACCAAGGCUUAUGAUCUGAUCAAGAGACGUCGCGCACCGGCACCGCCGGACCGGACAUGGGAAGGUUGGCUCCAGGGGAUUGCGCAAGACUGGAAGCAUAUCUUCGAGGUCCUUGGGCAAGACAAAGGAGGGAAGACCGAGGAGAAGUCGGAGUGA